AUGGAUUCUGCAGAACGGAGGGACUAUCUUCUACAGAGAGGGCACCUUCCGUCAAACGCUGUCAUCGAAUUUAUGGAGAACAGGGUGAUGGUUGGUUCGGGAACGGCGCUGGUGUUUUCGGAGAGUAGCAGCGAGUUUGUCUCGGUGGACGAAAUCAGGCGAGAACAGGAAAUCAGUGCAGAGCUAUGGGCGCAAGCGAAUGCCCAAAAAGCCCAGCUCUUUGAUCUGCUCGAGCAAGUGAACAAGAAACUCGACAAGAAAAGCGGCAAGAUCAGCCCGGUACCUGGGAAGGACCUGCGAAAAUGCGAUUGGGACGAAGUUCUGCAGGAGAUUCAAACAACGACACAGCGAUGGUCAAACGGGCCUAGGAGGGGUUCAAAGGUGGCACAGGUUAUUUCGAGGCUGGGUAACAGCUCAGAGGCUUUCAAUAGCUGGAUCCAGCUCCUGCCAGCUGGCGACUACGGCUCGAGUAUAUGCGGUGCCUUUACUCUUAUCAUAGGGGCAGCAGAACAAUACAGCCAUGUCGAAGAAGCCGUACUCGAGGGCCUGGCCAAGAUCCCUGAGAUCAUUGACGGCGCAAAGCGAUAUGUGCAAAUAUACGCGCAACAGAAAAAAAACCGGCUGGAAAGAAGAACAUUCGACAUUUACUUGGCCAUUUUGAGAGCGCUUGUUCAUAUGCUUAAGUUCAUCCUUGAAGGAUCGCUCCACUACCGGAUGUUGCUAGAUGUCCAGAACGAUGAGCUGAGUGGCCUUCAAGGGAGAAAAAUGCUCGGGGCCCCGAGGACGUCGACCAAGGGGCAGGUGAAGAAACUGCAGCGUCUAUUGCGCUUUGACCCGAACGCGGUCGCGAGCGAUGUCGAGGCCUGUCUCCGCAGCGGCAACGCCCUCGACGAAAGGGGCCAGUCCAAGGCGGCCGCGUUGAUCCGUGCGGCCAUGUUCCAGCGGUUCAUGAGGGACGAGACCUCAUCAGGCUCGCUUCUGGUCAACGGCAACGAGGACCAGGCGUCUGUCGACGGCCCGUCGCCGCUGACGCUGGUGGCAGCCAAGCUAGUGACGAUUGCCCAAGCUGUGGGAGACGGCGCCGAUUCUGAUGCUGCUGCUGAUGCUGAAGCCAAAGCUGUCGCUCGUUCCGGGUCCACCUACGUGGUGUCCUACUUCUGCGACAGGCACGUGCCCUACGGCGGCGGUGACGCCUUUGCCCGCUCGCCCGAGGGCCUGAUGGCCAGCCUGUCGGGCCAGCUGCUGGAGCAGAUGCGGCGUCGCCGACAGAAACGACGAGGCACGGCCGCCAGCGUCGACGUCGAUCUCUCCUUUGUCAAAGCCGACACCUGGACCAAGAUGCAGGCGGGGCGCUACGAUCUCCGCAGGCUGAGUCAGCUGUUUAUUAAGCUAACAGGGCAGCUAGCGCCGUCAGACGUGCUGCUCUGUGUGCUCGAUGAGGUGUCGCUCUACGACACGGGCACACUCCGGAGCGGCCUGCUCGACGUGCUGCGGCGACUGACAUGCCUGGCCGGCUCAGCCGAAGGUGGCCCCUGCGUCAAGCUGCUGGCGACGUGUCGCGGCACAGCCGGCUCGGCCGGACAGUACUUUGCCAGCCGCAGCGGCAAGGUCUUGGAGCUCGACGGGGAGGGCGCUGAGAUCGAGGACUCGGCAGCCUGGGAGAUUGCUCACAUGAGAUGA